AUGGCGGCCCUGGGAAGCGUCUACAAAGCAGUGCUGAGGUCUUCUUCGACCCAGACCCGCCGCCAGCUUUCUGCGUCUGCCAGCGAUGGAAACAGUGCUUUAGCUGAGAAAUGGAAGUCGCUCUGUUUCCUGAUUGCCCUUCCUGCUGUUACGGUGUGCAUGUUGAACAUGUACCUGAAACGGACUCACCAUAGAGAGGAACGGCCGGAGUUCGUCCCUUACUCACCUCUUCGCAUUCGCACCAAGGUCUGACUUUGCUUUCCCUUGGGAGAUGGCAACAAAACUUUCCACAACCCCCACUUGAAUGCCCUUUCUGAUUGCUAUGAGGAAUAUCAUGAGUGA